AUGCUUGGAACAGAAGCCCCACCCAUGUCUCCACCAUUCGAGGCUACUCCUACUGUUCCGCUUGAUUCGCCCAUACGCACCACUCCCAUCCACCCCGAUCUUCCUGAAAUCCAGGUACCAGGAGAGCCACAUGAAGUUUAUCGCUACAACCCGAUCACCUGUCAACUGAUUGAUGAGCAAGAUGUGCAGGCUGAGCUUGAGCAGUUACGCCAGGACUUCCCGACGCGCGAGGCUGCUUUAAGGGCACAAGAGCAAGCCGCCAAGGAAGUGAAAAGGAAAAUCGAGGAGGCAGAAAAGAAGAGAGAACAAGUCCAAAGAGCAAUGGAUAAGAAAAUCAAAGAACGGGACACCGAGCUCAAAGUUGUUACCAAAUAUCACCAAGCGAAAGCAUCCGAUAUCCCAUCUUGA